GGCAGUUGGUUAUCAGUUGCGUCGUCACUUCAGACCCCGGAUUAGACCUCUCAGUUUUGGUAAACAUAUUAUAGACGGGAAGAAAAACAAAAUCUGAACGCAGAAAAGUGUGUGUGUGUGUGUGUGUGUGUGUGUGUGUUUUGUUUGGGGGAGGAGUGGAAUUGUAUGGGCUCAAGAGGCUGCUUGGUUGGAAAUGUAUUUCUUGCAUGCCUGGCUAUGGUUUCUGUUGGACAAUGUACAGGCUAGGGGAGAAAUGCUUUAGGUUUGACGGAGAGAACAUGUAUAUGGGAAUGAAUGACAAUAACCAGGAGUUCCUCUCAGCAAAUCAGACAUACAAUGGUCAGAAUGAGAAUAAUGAAGAUUAUGAAAUCCCUCCUAUUACUCCUCCUAACCUCCCAGACCCUUCCCUCCUUCACUUGAUGGAUCAUGAAACUGGAUAUCAUUCACUGUGCCACAGUCUCCCUCCAAAUAGCCUGAUACCAGCAUACUCCUACCAGAAUAUGGACCUCCCAGCCAUCAUGGUAUCUAACAUGUUGAGCCAAGAUGGACACCUUCUUUCUAGUCAGCUACCUACUUCAUUAGAUUGCCUUCCACUGAGGUCCAUGGGACUGCACAGGAGUAACUAUUUGCAGCAUGUGAUCCAGGAGAUGGUCCACUCAGAAGCCACUUCCUAUGAGUCCAACCAUCAAGCUUCCCUGAUCAAUCGAGCAGGGAUGUAUACCGGUCACAUGAGUGCCCUCAGCCAGUCACAGCUGAUUUCUCAGAUGGGUUUGAGGAGCGGUGUUACCCAUGGUUCCCCAUCACCCCCUGGAAGCAAAUCUGCUACACCAUCUCCCUCCAGUUCUACUCAGGAAGAGGAGACAGAAUCACAUUAUAAGGUAACUGGAGAGAAGAGACCACUAACGGAUUUGGGCAAAAAGCCCAAAAACCAAAAGAAGAAGAAAAAGAAGGAUCCCAAUGAACCCCAGAAGCCAGUGUCAGCUUAUGCCCUGUUUUUCAGAGAUACACAAGCUGCUAUCAAAGGACAAAACCCCAAUGCUACCUUUGGGGAUGUAUCAAAAAUUGUUGCAUCGAUGUGGGACAGUUUAGGAGAAGAACAAAAGCAGGCAUAUAAAAGGAAAACCGAAGCAGCAAAGAAGGAGUAUCUAAAAGCUCUGGCAGCCUACCGGGCCAGCUUGGUUUCCAAGGGCUCAGCUGACCAAGGGGAGACAAAAAGUGCCCAAACCAACCAACCUUCAAAAAUGAUCCCACCGAAACAGCCCUUGUAUACAAUGCCACCACAGGCCUCAUCACCCUAUCCUGGCUUGGGCUCCUUCUUGUCCCCAGCAGACCUGCAGAGCUACCGUGGACACCCUCACCCCAGCCUCUCCAGGAACCUCAAUUCCAAACCCAUGUUGCCCAGCAUCAGUGCCUCGCCACCCCCUUCUUUCCAGAUCAGCCCCCCUCUCCAUCAGCAGCUGUCUUUGCACCACCCACAGAGCUCCAUCCUCAACCAGUCCCUCAGCAUGCAGCAGGUCCCACAGCAACCCAUCUUGUCUCCUUCCAUGGCACUACAGGUACAGUCCCCAAUGAACUCUUCACCACCAGGCCAGCAGGACUUCUCACAUAUGUCAUCUGAGUUUCAGAACAGUGUUGGGCCGCGAUCACCUGCUGCAUCAAACCCCCCAGGAAAUACCGAGUGGGACAAUGAAUACCCCAGCAGAGAGUGCGGAAUUAACCACUGCAGGCCAGUAGACAAAAUAAGAAAUUUCAGCAUGUUUAGAGGGCAGUCUAAAUGAUGGAAGUAAUCAAAGCACGAUGUUUCAAAAACAUUCAUACUUGUUUUUGAGCAUGAGUGUUUUUGUUUAAUACCUUUCUAAGGAAUAAUGCUAUCUUGUCUUCAGAACAACUGUGUUUUCAGACUAAAGUGGCCCAGUGCUAACUUGACAAAAACUCAACUCUUCUCUUUAGUCGUCCUUUCUUUUAUGAGUUUGUACCAAGAAAAUGGUCAGAACUCAUGUGGAUAUGUGAUGUGAUACUUAAACCGAUUAUAUCGGAUUGAAUAAUUAAGGCAUGAUGAUUGAGCACAUCUGCACCCAGAGGUUUCUGCUUUUGCAUUUCCUCAUAGCCCUCUAUAACUUCUGCUAGCUGAAAGUAGUAAUACAUCUGUAUCUUUUCCCUUACCAAAUGGCACGUGUGCAUGCUGGUUUUCAAUGCUUUCAGUUCACUCUUUAGAGUUACUAGAAAACGCUCACUAGAAAGAAGUAGGUACUUUCCCAAGUGGGUUGAAACAAAUGAAUUUAUCGGAUCUUCUGUGGAUCAGCUGUGCCUAGUAUUCUACUUUCCUGCCUUCCAAAUGUUCAUAGUUUCUAGAAUUAAUAUCAGAAUUUGUCGUUUGCUCUUGCUGCAACCUUCCAUUGUUUCCCAUUAUUUUCUCCUCCAUCUAAAUCAGGUGAGGAAGCUGUGGCCCUCUAGAAGUUGUUCUACUCCAAUUCCCAUCAGCCCUGGCAUGCUGGGCCAGUGACAAUGGAUUAUGGAAGUUGUAGUCCAACAAUAUUGGGAGGGGGGUCCACAGGCUCGGCAUCCCUGCUUUAAGUAAUGCACAUGAACGAAUGCAUUGCAACACUAGGCUUUUUUUUUAAAAAAAGCAAUCAAUUGCACAUGAUUGCAUCAACAAUUCAUUCAGUAUACAAGCAAGAAUCCCCAUACAAAGUGUCACCAUCCUGCUGGUGCUCAUCUAGUUCUGAGCAUGUGCAGUGUGAUUUUUCUUUAUGAUUUGCAAAAAAUGUAGGGCUGAGCUAAAUGUUGAGUCCAUUGCUUCCUACCCACAAGACACCUGAGUCAGAACAGGAAGCAUUGAUUACAGCACGAUAUCAUGUGAUUCGUUGCAUAAUGAAUACUAUCAUGGCAUGGGGAAAGCCAAUUAGGAACCAUUCUUCUUGAUACCUGCUUCCUAUGUACAGAGCAUUUUUUGGUGUAUGAAGAAUAAUUCGGUUCUGUCCAUUAAAGCAGUGUAGCUAAAAUCCAUGUUUAUCAUCUCAUCUUUGAUUUGUGAGAAUAAGGAUCUUAUCACUGAUUGGCUACACAUCUAUUUUCAUGUAUUGCUGUGUGGGUAGAAAUGCACAGAAGGGGAAGCUUAGCCUCCCCCUCCCCCUUCAGCUGUGUAUCAUUGCAAACAUAUACCAGUUUGACUGGCACAUGUCAUUUGCUUCCAAUAAAGAAUCUCAUAAAGGAUCCUGAGAACCACAGUUCUCUGAGGCAGUUCAACGGUUUGGUCUUAUACUCUCUCAGUACCUUUAAGGGGGAGAACCCCACAAUUCCCAAGGUUCCCUGGAAGGUGCUUUGAUAGUUCAGUUGCAAUGUGGAUUAAGCACUGGGCUUUGUUUUGUUUAAGAAGACAGGAAUAUGUUAUUGAAACUUCAAGCUUUAUCUAUGGCAUCACUCCAUCCAGAAAUACAGCAUUCAUUUCUACUCUCUGUGGUCAUCCAGUGGAGUUUCUGCAUAGGGACCAUCUCCCAUCCUUUCUGUAGCACAAGUGAAUAUUGUACUGGUCCCUUAGGAUUACUUCUGUCUGUUUUGAAGCUGCUUUGCUGCAGGGAUUUCCCCCCCCCCCUCAAGUGUAGUGUCCUCUUUGUGAAUGUAAACCCCACCUCCCCACCCUGCCUCCAGGGGAAGCCUGAAAAGUUUUUCUUGCUGUCCUUGUCUCCAGUACUGUGGCAAAAGAGUUCUGUACACAUAAGGCCUAAAGUGUUACAACUUGGCUCUGUAAAGUUGGAUAGUGUUUAAAUGUUGGCAUUUAGAGGAGGAACUGAGCACCCUGUUUUCAAAUGUUAACUGUUUAAAGAAAAUUUUUAGGUAAAUACUGACCUUUUUAAAAAAAAGAAAAAUAGUGGCCAACAUUUUAAAUUAUAGCCAGGGAUAUAGAAGAAGGGACAAACUUCUUCUUCUUUUCAUAUGUAAGAUCCCAAAUGAAAAGGUCUCAUUUUGCAUUACUGAGAAAGACCCUUGCUGAAGACAUGCCACAUUCCACACUAUGUACAUUUAAUGCACAUUUAAAAUGCAUGGCUUCCCCCAAAGGAUGCUGGAAAUUGUAGUUCCUAAGAUUCUUUGUGGGAGAAACUAUGGCUUUAAAUGCAUGAUGUGACCUUUCCCCUGCUAGUCAGAGGAUGAUUCCAUCCAUCCAGGUGUCCCAUCAUUUCAGCCACAAGCCCGCUGUGGACGUAUACCAAAUGUGUUUGGGUCAGACAUACAUCCUUCUUCCAAGACAGAGUUUAACAAAAACUCAUUUCUCCGCUUUGUAGCAAAAGCUGCUGAGCACAACUCUGAUUGACUAGAAACAAGUGAGAUUGCUAACCCACUUCCUCUCUCUCUUUUCCGAACUGUUUCCUUCAAAAAGGGAUUGGGGGGGGGAGACACUCUGGAAUUUCUUUCUUUCUUUCUUUUCCUUUUCUUAAGUUCCAUUGUAUGCCUUCCCAUCUCCAGCACCAGAGUGCACAUUUAUCUAUUGUAUUAUUAAAGGACCAGACAAAUAGGUAAAGUGACAAAAGAUGCUUUUCUGAGACAAGGCUGCCCCACCUUCACCUCCAUUAGGCAGAAAUGGAAUUUGGGAAAUUGAAGGCCAGACUUCAAGGCCCCUUCCUACAAAGAGUGGGGAAGUGUUUUUCCUUAAAUAAUCUGGAAAGUUCAAGAGAAGGCAUAAUUUUUUCGAAAUGCCAGUGCUUAAUGCUUCUUGAACUUGUGUAGAGGAAAUGCUUGUUUGGGUCCUUCCUACUACACGUAUCCACAUAGAACUUGCUGUGGAAUAAAUAGUACUUUGCAGUAGGAAGAAACGGUGUGAUGUGUUAUUUUUAUAAUAAUGUAGGAGGCAAAUAAGCAAUUUCAAGCAUUUUUGGCAUUCAGGACGUUCCAAAAUGUUGCUGUUUCUAUUGGUUCUAUGUGAUGCAGCAAAAAGGGGCUGAUUUUUAAACAUUGCAUGUAAGUCAGUCUCUCUCCCCCCCCCCCCCCCGUGUGUCUGUGUUUGUGUGUGUGUGUGUGUCACACAUUAACACUUCAGAGGGCAGGUCAUGUAAUGAGACACCUGUUUGGGGGCUGAUGUAAGUUAGAAGCCUCUCUUUAGUGCAGCUUCAUUAUAUAGCUUAAUAUCAACAUAAUAUAUAACCCAAUAUAAAAAUUGCAUUAUUUAGGCAUAUUGGCAUGCUGAAGAAUGCUAGAGUACCCUAAUGAAACAUGAAUGCAGCAGGCAGGUAGCCACUCUAAGGAAGGAAAACAAGCUCUUGGCAUUCUGGCAAUAUGCAGUAUUGUGUGUACAGUGCCCCGUACCAUUCAUGAUCAAAGCGCUCACAUUUCAUGCCUUUGUCACAGUGAAAAUGUCAGAUUUCAUGGUUUUAUCUCAUAUUCCUGGAAAAUCAUAUUUAAGCCAUGCAGAUUAGGCUAAGGAUGACAGAAAAUCAUUAUAGCAGAUUAUGAGGUGAACCUACUUCUGCAGCAAAAUUCCAGUGUGGGAUAUAUAUAUUUUUGGCAGAGGGUGGGGGUUGCUGAUGAUUCUGGCCUCCCUCACAGUGUAUGACAGUCUGCAUCAAAUGUCACCCCUGGACGAAUCGUGCUCCCAGUCUUCUCGUAAUAUUUGAUGCUUUCAAUGAACACACUGUUGUUCUUUCAAAGUCAGCAUAAUUUGAACGUCUGUUGUGAAGGUCUAACAUAGGCAGUACACCUUGGACAGAAUCAGUGGGCUUGGGUCAAUUUGAUGAUAGGCACAGUGUAAUCCUUUGAUAAUGGGAUUCAGGGGGAAAUGAAUGGCACUAUAGUACAAUUGUUUAAUUCCAUAAUUGUAGGAAAUGCACUUGGCUAUUCAAUAAAUAUUUGUAAUGGCAACAUGCCUCUCAUAUGCUCUCGGAUGCUAUAGCCCUAGACCGUACUACCUUGCUAAAGUUAGCAAACCCAGCCUCCUUCCUAAUUAGUGUUCUUUUUGCGUUUUGUUUCAGAACAGUAAAUGUUUGUUCAGAUUCUGUAGGGGCUGGGACUUGGGUUGGAUGGUUUCAUGAAAACAUGUUGUAAGCUUCACAAACGGAAAUCAUGUUGGUGAAAAACAGGGUGUUUGUUUUUUUGUUUUUUUGCAAUGUACCUCCAGCAUAGUGCAGGCUUAUAUAAAGAGAGGUGGUAUGGAUGGUCUGCAGAAAUUUUGAGCCAUCCACACACACACCUUGCAACCUUGAUUUGAAGCAUGCUUAUCAUAUAAUUAGUGAGCACAAAUAGCACAAAAGUUGCUUUGACUACUCUACUUAUUGUAGAUUCUGAUUAUCUAGUGGAGCAAACCAGACCCAUAAAGCUUCAGACAUUUUGAAGGCUUAAACCAGGCACCCCCAAACUUCAGCCCUCCAGAUGUUUUGGACUACAAUUCCCAUCUUCCCAAACCACUGGUCCUGUUAGCUAAGGAUCAUGGGAGUUGUAGGCCAAAACAUCUGGAGGGCCGCAGUUUGGGGAUGCCCGGCUUAAACAGUAGCAUCUCAUCCCUAGCUGGUGAGGCACAGAUAUUGGCUUUGGAAGGACAUUGUUUGAAUGCAUUGCUACUUGAGAUUGUUGCUUGUUACAGGAACAUGGAGAGUUCCACCCCCUGCAAUAUGAUGCAGUUUCCUCUUUUGCAUCCUCAGAGCUUCUUGUGAAAAUGCUUCAGCACUAUCAGGACUGAGUGCCAAAUCUGAACUGCAGUAGCAUCUGAGCAGCAGAUCUUAGAACCUUGCCAUCAAUAUUUGCUCUGUUACUUUACUCAGGCUUGUUCCAGCCUAAUAAUGGUCACGACCGCUGAGCUUUUCUCAUUAAAGGCUACUGCUGUGUUUAUUUUUCUUCUCUGUUUAUCAGACAUUAGACCACUGAAUAAUCGUCAGCCGCUCUCAUCUCUCACAGUUAAUUAUUGUUUACCCUUCCAUGCCACCAUGUAUGAUCUGCUCUCUGGGCAUCUUAAUCAAACUUUGUAAUUUAGGCUGUGUUCUUUAAACCUUUUAGUCCAGAGUGGUCAUGGGAGCACUCUGGGAUAAGCAGCCUGAACAGAGCAUUAGUCUGUGAAGCAAAUCACACAGACCUGCUGACUUGCAUACAGUCAGUUUGUCCAAACAAAAACAGACUACACUAAUUCAUGAUGGAGACUGGAAGAUUCAUUCCAAAUUAUUCAGUCUUCCAAAUCACUUGAGUAAGUGAACAAACACCGUAAGAAAGGAGAGAUAAAACAUAGCAAGCACACUUAGUUUGGAUUCAAUUAUUUAUAGCAAUGCCCGUAAUGUGUUUGGCAGAGUAGUUUGUAAAAUUAAUGAAGUUUUGGUACUAGAAGACCUCACUACUUUGUCUACGUAUUAAAUCUUUGCUGAGGAUAGGAAGACAGAACAUUUUAAAUGCUGCUUAUAAAAAAGUACAGAUAAGUGAAUUAUAAGAGAGAAUGUGAUGGACAUGAUAGGAUGCUGACUACUUUUGCAAAUGGAUAUAUCAGUGAAGUACUUCGCUCUGUUCUCAUUAUUCCUACUCCAGUGUUUUUGAGGGGAGGAUUAAUCUCCAGGGCACAAACCAGCAAAUAUUAGCUACCACAGAGGGCCAAAUUUGGAGUGACAGUUAUGGGCCAAUCUAUUUAAAGUUAUAGUUACAGGUAGGUAGCCAUGUUGGUCUGACGUAGUUGAAACAAAAUUUAAAAAAUUCCUUCCAGCAGCACCUUAGAGACCAACUAAGUUUGUCAUUGGUAUGAGCUUUCGUGUGCAUUCCAUGUUUAUCUGAAGAAGUGUGCAUGCACACGAAAGCUCAUACCAAUGGCAUACUUAGUUGGUCUCUAAGGUGCUGCUGGAAGGAAUUUUUUAAUUUAAAGUUAUGUAAUGGGGAGCAGGGGUCCAGUUUAAAAACAAAAGAGCUAAGAAGCCAUGCAAGUGAGGGGGGCUUAAAUUGCCCUGAAAUCCCCAAUCUUUUACUUCCUUGUAGCCUCUUCUUCUCCUACCCCACUUUUGUCUCAGUUGAACUCAUCCUCAUGGUUUGGCAAAAAGAUAAAUAGAUAGAUAUCAUUAAAUUAACAUAACGAGUUUUCAUUACUUUGACACUUGUGUUUGUCCCUCACCUUGAUUGAGAUGGCUAUUCAUAAUCUGGCAAAAAGAAAUUGCUUCUUUUCUUUGAGAGGGCAACUUUUUAAAACAUCCUUUCUCGAAGACACAGUGUGCCGCUUCAAUUUGCAUUAGAUUUAACAGCAUACAUCCCAUUGGUUUUGAUUCUUGUGUUUUGCACCUAAGAUCUCUGUAAUCAUUAUGAAUUUCAAGCCAAGGAAAGAAGGAUUGCCCUUUAAUCUGCCUUCCCAUCUAUUUUUAAUUUACAAGCACAGGUGAUCCUAAUGUUGCUAUCAAAUAGGCUUGGAUAGUUGUAUCCCACAUUUUAAAAAUCCAGUUUGUGGCAAUUACAGUAUAUAGCAAGUAGGGAAUAUAUAUACCUAUAUACCAGUAUGGAAUAUAAUCUAGAUGUACCUCCUAGCCUGUGGUUGUAUUAUGAUUUUAUGAUUCACAAUCUCACCCAUCCUAUUCCUUUUGUUUCU